CUGAGGCGCCAGACGUCGACUUGGAAGUUCCGGGGAGGCAGCGCAUGCGCUAGCGUACGCGUUGCCGGCGAAGAGGGGAGCCUCAGGACUCGGAAAUUUGAAUACCACUAGCAUGGAGUGCGACCUCAUGGAGACUGACAUCUUGGAGUCGCUGGAAGACCUGGGUUACAAGGGUCCAUUGUUAGAAGAUGGCGCUCUGUCUCAGGCGGUCUCUGCUGGAGCCAGUUCCCCUGAGUUUACCAAACUCUGUGCUUGGCUGGUGUCUGAAUUAAGAGUGCUCUGUAAACUGGAAGAAAAUGUGCAAGCAACUAACAGCCCGAAUGAAGCUGAAGAAUUCCAACUUGAGGUGAGUGGGCUACUAGGGGAGAUGAACUGUCCAUACCUUUCACUGACUUCUGGGGAUGUGACCAAGCGCCUUCUCGUUCAGAAGAACUGCCUCCUUUUGCUCACAUACCUCAUCUCAGAACUAGAAGCUGCCAGAAUGCUCUGUGUGAAUGCUCCUCCAAAAAAAGCUCAAGAAGGAGGCGGUAGUGAGGUCUUUCAAGAGUUGAAAGGCAUAUGUAUUGCUCUAGGAAUGUCCAAACCUCCAGCCAAUAUAACUAUGUUCCAAUUCUUCAGCGGGAUUGAAAAAAAAUUAAAGGAAACAUUAGCAAAAGUUCCACCUAAUCAUGUGGGAAAGCCUUUAUUGAAGAAGUCAUUGGGACCGGCCCACUGGGUGAGUAGCGAUCAUCUGUGGAGUGAAUUGGCAAGGAAUCAUCCAUCUAUCUAUGACAUUUAUGUUGAUCCUACAGAAAAGAUAGAAGCAAUUAACCAAGCCAUAGCCAAUGAAUAUGAAGUUCGGAGAAAGCUGCUAAUAAAACGUUUGGAUGUCACUGUCCAGUCUUUUGGUUGGUCUGACCGAGCUAAGAGUCACACAGAGAAAUUAGCAAAGGUUUACCAACCAAAACGUUCAGUCUUAUCUUCUAAAAGUACUAUUUCUGUUGCUCACCUUUUGGCUGCAAGACAAGACUUGUCCAAGAUUCUAAGGACAAGCAGUGGUUCUGUAAGAGAAAAGUCUGCCUGUGCCAUCAAUAAGGUGUUGAUGGGCAGGGUGCCUGACAGAGGCGGUAGACCCAAUGAAAUUGAGCCUCCACCCCCGGAGAUGCCACCGUGGCAGAAAAGGCAGGAUGGCCCCCAGCAGCAAGCAGGAGGCCGAGGCGGAGGGAGAGGUGGUUAUGAACAUUCCUCAUACGGAGGACGAGGAGGUCAUGAACAAGGAGGGAGAGGUGGACGUGGUGGCUAUGACCGUGGAGGCUACGACCGUGGUGGCUACGACCACGGUGGCCGAGGGGGAGGAAGAGGAAAUAAGCAUCAAGGAGGCUGGACAGAUGGAGGGAGUGGAGGAGGAGGUGGCUACCAAGAUGGUGGUUAUCGAGAUUCGGGCUUCCAGCCAGGUGGCUACCAUGGUGGCCACGGUGGUGGCUAUCAAGGUGGUGGUUAUAGUGGCUUCCAAACAACUACUUAUACAGCAAGUGGAUACCAGGGUGGUGGAUACCAGCAGGACAAUAGAUACCAAGAUGGUGGGCACCAUGGUGAUCGAGGCAGUGGUCGUGGAGGGAGAGGUGGGCGUGGAGGCCGAGGUGGACGCGGAGGCCAGGGAGGAGGUUGGGGAGGGAGGGGGAGCCAGAAUUAUCACCAAGGGGGACAGUUUGAACAGCACUUCCAGCAUGGUGGUUAUCAGUAUAAUCACUCUGGAUUUGGACAAGGAAGACAUUACACUAGUUGAGGCUACAGAACCUUACAUUUUGCUAGAGCUCAAGUAAUAGAAACUUAGUUUAAGAAUCCUGAGUCCAGUGUGGAUUUUGAAUGUGAGACCACAGGUGGCAGAAUCCAAUUCUGUUGGAUUUUUUUUUUUUAAUGGGCUUACAUAAUGCUGUUUAUUUGAGAAACACGUACAUCGCUCCUUUGUAUGAAGAAUUUUUUUAAAGGUAAUUAAAAUUGCCUUUAAUUGACCAGUAGACUAAUUCCACAGUCAACAUGCAUACUUUUUGAAGAAAUUACUUGAAUAAGUAGUUUUCAAUAUACAGUUUUGAAAAUGAGGAUUCUCCUAGAUUUUUUUAGAUUUACAACUAGGAAGCCUUCCUCAUAUUAACAACCCAUUUAUAUGUGUUUUCCUUAUACUAUUCUAAUGUCUGUUUUGCAAGCACAGUUUCCACCCUGGUUGGCUUUUUAUUUGGAGAGGUUAUGCCACAUUUGCUUCCUGAUAGAACUUUUAGGUCAGUUCCUAUUAACUGAGCUCUUCUGCAGAUAGCACAUUCAGUAGCCUUAUCCUCUUGAUGGAAUAUUAUACCACAAGCGGAACUCAGAAAACUUUGAACGCGGCCAAAAUCCGUCAAGAUUAUAAAAGCAGACUAAGUUGUGAGUCUAUUGUACAUGUAGGCAUUUAGUGAAGUAUAGCAAUUCAAACUGACCUGCAUUCAUUCAAAACAAGUUCCUCCUUCAACCCUAUUUUUACUUGAAAUCUGCUAGAAGAAACAGCAAACUGAAAUUUGUUUUAUGCACGAGUUAAUACCACUGGCUCAGCAAAUACAAUUUAGUUUGCUUUGAGCAGGAGACUUUUUUUUUUUUGUAACGUUAAGAAAUGCACUACAGAGAAAGAGGACAGAUUUUUGCUUAGUGCAGGAGGCCCUUUAUUAUUGCUGCAGAAAACAAAAGCCUGGCUGAGCUGAUGUUUUACAUUCUCCUUUACUGAAACCUACACGACGCUUCUUGCUGGGUUUUUGUAUACUUAAACAUUGUCAAGCUGUGAAAGAAAAUGGCUGGAGGUGUGCUUUGUGUGAAAGGUGAGCAAUAAAGUAUCUGUACGUUC